UGCUUCCACUCCCUCCCACUUGGGACUUAAAAAAUCUUCAGCCCAAAGACCAAUUCUGCAUUCCCCACAUUGCAACACCCACACGAAGAUCUCUACCACUGAGCACCCGGGAGGCGAGGCUCAGAACCUCAGGAUCGGCGCAGCAACAUGGAGCUGAUUGAGGAUAAAUCCCGCCCACCGCUGGUGCCUGUGAAGGGCGUCCCACUCAUCAAGUAUUUCGCAGAGGCUAUUGGGCCAUUGCAGAACUUGACACCCUUGCCUGAUGACUUGCUUAUCAGCACGUACCCGAAGUCUGGUACUACCUGGAUGAGUGAGAUCCUGGACAUGAUCUAUCACGGUGGUAAGCUGGAAAAGUGUCGCCGGGCCCCCAUCUACCAACGGGUACCCUUCCUUGAGUUCAGAUGCCCAGGGGUUCCCUCAGGUCUUGAAACUUUGGAAGAGACACCAGCCCCACGGCUCCUGAAGACACAUCUGCCCCUGUCCUUGCUCCCUCGGAGUCUGCUGGAUCAGAAGGUCAAGGUGAUCUACAUUGCCCGAAAUGCAAAGGAUGUGGUUGUCUCCUAUUAUAACUUCUACAACAUGGCCAAGCUGCACCCUGAUCCGGGCACCUGGGACAGCUUCCUGCAGAACUUCAUGGACGGCAAAGUGUCCUAUGGGUCGUGGUACCAGCAUGUGAAGGAAUGGUGGGAGCUGAGACACAAUCAUCCCAUUCUCUAUCUCUUCUAUGAAGACAUGAAGGAGAACCCAAAAAGGGAGAUCAAGAAGGUCCUAGAGUUUCUGGGGCGUUCUCUGCCUGAGGAGACUGUGGAUCUCAUUGUUCACCACACAUCCUUCAAGAAAAUGAAGGAGAACCCCAUGAGUAACUACACCACCAUCCCCAACGAUGUUAUGGACCACGGUGUUUCUCCCUUUUUGAGGAAAGGUAUCGCUGGGGACUGGAAAAACACCUUCACCGUGGCUCAGAACGAGCACUUUGAUGCCCACUAUGCUAAGACGAUGGCAGGUUGUGACCUCAAGUUCCGCUGGGAACUGUGAGUGGAUAUGGCUACACUGGGAACCAAGGCGAGCUGACAUGAUCCCUCAUGACCUCAAGAGUAAAAUGUGAUGUAUCCAACCCAGACUAAUGUGUGCCUACAGGAAAUCUGAGCCAGGAGAAUGAAUAGGCUGAAGGCAGAGGGCUUUAUCAACAUGUGUCAGGAAAGCAAUAAUCGAUCCUAGCACUUAAAAAAAAAAAAAAAAAAAAAAAAACCUCAAAGUACAAACAUGCAAAAACAGAAGAGAUAAACUGUAUUUUACCUGAAAGAAUAAAUGCCACUGGGAGCUGA